GCGAAAAAGUGAGAUGCCAAGGAUAGAACGCAUUGUUUGACAAGGUUUUGCCCACAUUUUUCAGCCCGCGGUAAUGUGAGCUGCACUUCCCAAACCAAAACUUCGCUUUCUCGCUUACAGUAAUAGCAAAGGAACCACCAUCGACCAUCAACACACUACCGCGCUGCUCUUUCGCGCUUAUUAAAGCACACAGUUAAGUGCCGUCCUUUCUCACUAGGAAUAAUAAGCUCGCCAUGACGAGUCAGCUGCAAUGGUGUGCGCUGCUGCUGUCCUGCCUCUGCGGCUUGAUCCAAUGCGCAGAGGCCAACAACAACAACAAUAAACUCCAAGUUCCCACCACAACCUUAGAGACGGGGCAACAAUUCCCCAUGGUGGGGUUGGAGGUUGAUGGGCUUCGAGGUGAAAUCAUUUUCCAACGAAUAUCGGAUGCCAUGCAAAAUACCACCCAGUUUGGGCUCUUUACCACAGCACAACGCAACAACAAUGAAAGACGGCUGAACAUAGGUAUUGUCAAUACCAUCACAGCCUCGCAUCUGUUUGGCAGUGAAGUCCAUGUCAUCACCAAGGUACCCUACACACACUUGGGGUAUGAACGUACCAGGCUGUCUGUAAUGGAGUCUUUGAAGGAGAUCCACAACCGAAACACAAAGGUACACAUACUCCUAGAGUGGCCACGUUGUCGAGAUGACAUCUCUUGGAUGCACUGCGAACAAGACGAAAUGAAGCUGCCACACCAUGUCAAGGCAGCAGGACCUCCUCCUCAUUUAAACAAAGACUUUGCCUUUCUGGAUUCCUGGAGAGCCUUGGAGGAGAUUUUCCUUCGGGAAGUGUCCUUGGGCUCCAACUUGGCCUCGGUGGCAAGCAUCGGCGUGGCCAAUUUUGGCAUUGAGGAUCUUCACACGCUGGAUAUGCACAGUCGAGUCCUUCCUCAUAUCGUUCAGAAAACUGUCUGGUCCUUUGUUCACGAUCCUUUCCUUAUGGAUUAUCUGGACAAGAACUUUAUCCACUUCCAAGCCUUUGAUGUGCUCUCUGAAAUCUUUGGAAAAGGCAUUGCUCCUCCCCGAGCUGUGGGUGCCUUGCACGAAGUUGCUCGGAGUGUCCAGAAUGAAGAGGGACCCGCCUUCACACCCAAGCAAGUGGUUCUCAAGUGGUUGGUUCAGAGUGGCGUCUCGGUGACGGCUCUAGCUGCUGAUACCGCCAGUGUUCACGAAUUCUCCCCAGUCUCCAUCGCAUCCAUGCCGGAACUUGAUCGAAACCAAAUGGAAGCUGUACGCGCAUCCGUGGCUGCCAUGUUGCGAGGGGAAGACUUGCCUCCUCCCAUGGCUCGAUUCCACAGCCGACUCAAGGAAGGAUUCGUCCGAAUCUUCUGGUUGAAUGCAGAUACGGGCGAAGAAGUUCCUAUUGAGACGGUUUCUCCUGGAUCUACCUACGUGUCUACUACAUACGAGGGACAUCAGUUUGUGGCCUAUGCAGACGACGACGAAGAUCACUCAAGACCGUCAAAACGAAUGGUUGUGGAUCGCACGUACGGACAAAGCAAACGCUUUCUCAUUGAAGAACUGUAGUACUGACGACAGUUUCUCUUUAGAGAGGCUAGCUGGGUGGCUAUAGGUGUCUCUCACAAAGUCUGCUUGUGUUGAACCUUUUUUGGCAGUCCGAUAUCGAUUUUGCAGCUCAUGGGAAAGCGCAACUUCCAUGCGUUUUGCUUUGGGAUGGGUUGCUGGCAACUGUUCAAUGCGGCGAAACCUCCACAAACCAAUCAUAGAUCAAGUAUUCAUACUAAUACGUCCCCUCCUUCAUUGACUUCGUCAUCAAUAGUAUCAGUACAAAAAACUAAUCAGCUUCACUACGAGU